UGAUCCAGCUGAGACAGCAGUGCCGAGAGGGCAAUCAAAGAGAGAUCCGAGGACCGAGGCCCAGACAGACAACCCGAGGCCGCCAAGAGAGAUCCGCGCCCAACCACCGCCCGCCGCCGCCUACCUCCCUCCUUCCCUCCGGUGAGCGGGGCCGGAGACGGGGAGAGAAGAAGCUGCAUCCCUUCCUCCUUCCCUCCGGCGAGAAGAAUCCGGGGACGGGGAGCGAAGAAGCCGCAUCCCUUCAUCCUUCCCUCCGGCGAGAAGAAGCCGGGGGACGGGGGGCGAAGAAGCCACCUCCCUUCCUCCUUCCCUCCGGCUGAGCGGGUCCGGGGACGGGGAGCGAAGAUGUUCUACGGGGCGAUGGUGUGGGACCCGUGGCUGAUCGUGUCGCAGAUCGUGUGCCUGCAGUGCCUCUACUACCUGGCGCUCGGCCUCUUCAUGGCGCUCCUCGUCGGCACCCGCGUCCCGCGGCUCACCCUCCUCUACUUCUUCGACUUCGCCACGCUCACGCCGCGCACCCCCACCGGGUGGUGCGCCAUCGCCUCGUUCCUCCUCGCCGCGGUCGCAGGUGCUGGAUUCAUGCUUUAUGUGGUUGAGAGAGCCAAGAAGUGCCUGGACUUUGCAGCAACCCUCUACAUAAUCCAUCUCUUCAUUUGCAUUGUUUAUGGUGGUUGGCCAGCUUCAGUUACAUGGUGGGUUGUCAAUAUCACUGGUUUGGCAAUCAUGGCUCUCCUUGGUGAAUACCUAUGUAUUCGGCGGGAGUUGAAAGAAAUUCCAAUAUCACGGCUUCGUGCAAGUGUUUAACCUCACACGCUAAGAGUAUAGGUGGUUUGAAAUGGUGUUACCCAAGAGGUGGUUGUCAAUAUGUUUCUUUAGGAAUACAAAAACUUGCAAUGUUCUGCGGUUAGCAACUGAUACUCUUGAAAACUUGAAAAGAGUUUGCCCUUCUGACAUCCGAUCUCCCAGCAGGCCAUCAUAUAGAAACUGGUAGAGGCUUUUGAGUUCCCACCCAUGGAAGUGGCAGCUCAGUUUCUAAAUGGUACAUUCAGAUACUCUGGUAUGUCCGGACAGCGUUGCUCAAGUGAAGGAACAGGUGGAUGCUUGAUAAUUUGUUUGACUGGAUAUGAAAGUCUGGUAUUGGUUAGUGAGAUUCAUAACACAUGCAGGCCAACCUUUUUCUUUCUUUCUGUUUAGAUGUAUCUUGCAAAUAAUAUACCUAGUGUCUUCUGUUAAUUCAUAUAACAGAAGAGUUAUGCUCCUUUCUUUAUUUGUACUUUUUUUUUGGAAAGAUGGAUCUGUACAGUUGUGCUCUUGUGAGAAGAAAAGAAAAAUGAUGUAAAAACUAAAUCGGGUUUACGCUACUCGGCCCGCGACCA